UCUCCACAAUGUGGAGAAAGUUCCAGGGCAGGACCAGGACUGAAGACAGCUGCUCGGACCAGGACUGAACAAAGUGGUCUGCAGAGGGUUUUAGAUCAACACAAGACCAGUCUGAGGACCAGAUGUGAGCGUGUGAGUGAAGGAAGUGAGGAAACAGGAAGUAGAACCCUCCUCAACAGGAUCUACACUGAGCUCUACAUCACAGAGGGACAGAGUGAAGAGGUGAACACCCAACAUGAGGUGAGACAGCUAGAGACCACCUCCAAGAUGGAGAUCCUCCAGGACACUUCCAUCAAGUGCCAGGACAUAUUCAGAGCCUUACCUGGUCAACAGGAACCCAUCAGAGUGGUUCUGACAGUCGGCGUCGCUGGUGUUGGAAAAACCUUCUCAGUGCAGAAGUUCACUCUGGACUGGGCCGAGGGCUCAGAGAACCAGGACCUCAGUCUGGUGGUUCUGCUUUCAUUCAGGGAGCUGAACCUGAUCAGAGAUAAGCGGUACAGUCUCCUCCAGCUGCUCCAUGAGUUCCAUCCAACAUUACAGAAGGUCCCAGCAGAGACGCUGGCUGUCUGUAAACUGGUGUUCAUCUUUGACGGUCUGGACGAAAGCAGACUGUCUCUGGAUUUCAACAACACUCAGGUUGUGUCUGACGUCACACAGAGCUCAUCCAUAAACCUGCUGUUAACAAACCUCAUCAAGGGGAAUCUGCUCCCCUCAGCUCUGGUCUGGAUCACUUCUCGACCCGCAGCAGCCAAUCAGAUCCCUUCUUCACGCGUUGACAGGGUCACAGAAGUCCGAGGCUUCACUGACGCCCAGAAGGAGGAGUACUUCAGGAGGAGGAUCAGUGAUGAAGAUCUGUCCAGCAGAAUCAUGUCACACAUCGAGACCUCCAGGAGCCUCCACAUCAUGUGUCAGAUCCCGGUCUUCUGCUGGAUCACUGCCACAGUUCUGGAGCACAUGAUGAGCACAGAGCAGAGAGAAGGGCUGCCCAAGACCCUGACUGACAUGUACUCACACUUCCUGUUGGUCCAGACCAUGAGGAAGAGGAAGAAGUACGCUGAGGGUCCUGAGACCAAUCCUCAGGAGCUGAUGGAGGCUGACGGUAAAGUCCUCCUGAAGCUGGGCAGGCUGGCGUUUGAACAUCUGGAGGAAGGAAACAUCAUGUUCUACCAAGAAGACCUGGAGCGCUGUGGUCUGAAUGUCAGAGAGGCCUCGGUGUACUCAGGACUCUGUACAGAGAUCUUCAAAAGAGAGUGUGUGGUCUUCCAGAAAACAGUCUACUGCUUCGUUCAUCUGAGCGUUCAGGAGUUUCUGGCUGCAGUCUACAUGAUCCACUGUUUCACAACCAGGGACAGAAAGGUACUGGCAUCUUUUAUGGGAGGAGAACAUGUAAAUUCAUCCCUGGAUGUCUUCCUGAAGAGGGUCAUGGAGAAAUCCCUCCUCAGUAGAAACGGUCACCUGGACCUGUUUGUCCGCUUCCUUCAUGGACUCUCUCUGGAGUCAAACCGGAGACUCUUAGGAGGUCUGCUGGGUCGCACAGACAUCAGUCCAGAGAUGAUCCAAAGAGUCAUCAACAACCUGAAGAAGAUGAACAGUGAUGAGAUCUCUCCUGACAGAAGCAUCAACAUCUUCCACUGUCUGACGGAGAUGAACGACCUCUCAGUCCAUCAGGAGAUCCAAGAGUUCCUGAAGUCAGAGAACAGAUCAGAGGAACUCUCUGAGAUCCAGUGCUCUGCUCUGGCCUACAUGCUGCAGAUGUCAGAGGAGGUUCUGGAUGAGUUGGACCUGAAGAACUACAACACAUCAGAGCAGGGACGACUGAGACUGAUUCCAGCUGUGAGGAACUGCAGGAAGGCUCAAUUUGAACGCUGUGGACUCUCAGACACUCACUGUGAAGUUGUGGCCUCAGCUCUGAAGUCCAACCCCUCCCAUCUGAGAGAGCUGAACCUGAGUAGGAACAAGCUGCAGGACUCAGGAGUGGAGCGUCUGUCUGCUGGUCUGAAGAGUCCAAACUAUAAACUGGAGACUCUGGGGUUGUGGAGCUGCAGUUUGUCAGAGAUCAGCUGUGCUUCUCUGGCCUCAGCUCUGAAGUCCAACCCCUCCAAUCUGAGAGAGCUGGACCUGAGUAACAACAAGCUGCAGGAUUCAGGAGUGAAGCAGCUGUGUGAUUUUCUGCAGAGUCCAAACUGCAGACUGGAGACUCUGAAGUUGAGUCGCUGCAGUUUGACAAAGAUCAGCUGUGCUUCUCUGGCCUCAGCUCUGAAGUCCAACCCCUUCCAUCUGAGACAGCUGUGGCUGAAUUUCAACAACCUGCAAGAUUCAGACAUGGAGCUGCUGCGUGAUCUUAAGAAGAGUCCAGACUACAGACUGCAGACUCUGAGAUGGAAGAACUAAGAGUCAGAUGAUCAGAG